AUAUAAGAACACAUAGAGACAUAUCUAAACACACAACAAGUUUCUAAAAGAAAAAGAUGGUUAGUUUGGAAACCACUCCUGCCCUUCAGCUCCCGGUCAUCGACUUCACAAGUCCAAACCUAAAACCAGGAACUGUAGAAUGGGACUCAGUGAGAGGCGAUGUCCGAAGAGCUUUAGAAGAGUAUGGAUGUUUUGAGGCCUUGUUCGACAAAGUUCCUGUCAAACUUCGAAAGGCGGUUUUCGAUGUCUCUGAGGAGGCUUUUCAGCUACCUUUAGAGACCAAAAAGAGAGUUGUGUCAAAGAGAAAGUAUAGAGGAUAUGUGGGUCAGAUUCCAUCUUUACCUCUUUUUGAAGUCAUGGGUGUUGACUUUGCAGAAAAUGAAGAUAAAGUCAAUGAGUUUACUCACAAGCUUUGGCCCCAAGGCAAUGGAAGUUUCAGUGAGGCGGUCAUGUCAUUCGCGGAGAAAGUGUCAGAACUGGACUUCAUGACCAGGAGAAUGAUAAUGGAGAGUUUUGGGGUCAAUGAAAACUACAUUGAGAAACAUUUGAACUCGACCAAAUGUCUUGUGAGAAUGAUGAAGUACCAAGGAGUUGAAGAAACAGAAGAAGAGUUAGGUAUGGAGGCUCAUACAGACAGAAACAUGCUCACCAUACUCUGCCAGAACGAUGUAAAAGACGGACUUGAAGUCAGAACUAGUGAUGAUAAGCAAUGGAUCAAAGCCAAUCCUUCUCAAGAUUCUUCAUUCAUCGUUCUUGGAGGAGCCACACUACACGUGCUUCUUAAUGGUCGGGUGCUAACUGGUGUUCACCGAGUGAUGAGGAUGGGAACUAACACAAGAUUCUCAGCUGGACUGUUCUCGGUUCCGAAAACAGAGGAUUUGAUAUAUGCACCAGAGGAAUUGGUUGAUGCUGAGCAUCCUCGCUUGUAUAAGCCAUUUGAUUUUGAAGCAUACUUUCAGUUCACCACUGAGGGACCCGGAAGGAGAGAUGUAGCUGCACUCAGGGGUUAUUGUGGCCUUUGAGAAUACAAUAAUAACGUCUUUUCUUCAAAAAUAUAAAUAAGAAUAAGAAGAAACUUGUUUGAUUUGCUGUUUAAAACUUUUUAUGUAAACCCAUCUCCACUGAAGGGCCAUCGUUUUGGGCCCAAUCUCUAUUUUCAGCUUUUAAUGAAUUUACAGUGACAAAAAAAAUGAAGAUAAAAUUUCAUUGUGAAGACUAGGUUUAAGAUCACAUGAAGAUAUGGUAACCCUAGUUACUAAUGUUUAAUAGCGAACCCUAGCGGUCUCCAAAAGCUGAUAUAAGAAAACAAAGAGAUAAAGAUCUGAAUUAGAACAAGCUUGUGACGCAAGAAAUGAUGAGUUUUGACACCAAACUUGCUCUUCAUCUCCUAGUGGGAACUGUCGAGUGGGACUCAGUGAGAGGAAAUGUCCGCAAAAGAUCUAGAAGACUAAGGAUGGUUUGUGGCCUUGUUCAGUAAAGCAGAUAUAGCUUCAUGACCCGUAGAAUGAUAAUGGAGAGCUUUAGGCUCGAUGGAAACUACAAUACUACAUUAGAAACUGGUUUUGGUUUCGUAUACAUGCUUAAGUUACAAAGUAUGCAAUUUUUGAUAGUACCGAAAUUAAAAUAUGUUUAAUAGGUAUUUCUGAACGAUCUGAUGGUAACAAACACAAGGCACUCGGGAACCUUUCGCUGUUCUGAAAACAGAGGAAUUAAUCAAUGGACCAGAGAAGAUGUUGAAGGAUACAUUCAGUUCACCGCUGAGGAAGAAGCUGAAAAAAGGCGAGAUCUACUAUCUGCUCUCAAGGAUCUGAUUUUAAAUUGUUUCCAUGUAAAACCCAUCUCCAUCAUAAUAAAUAAUAAAUUUCAUGAAUUGAGUUUUUGUUGUUUUGUUAGUCACUUGCGUGCACGUAACAUAAUCUUUUUGCACCAAACUAUCCACUUGUGUUGUAAUAAAAGGCUUUAAUGUGUACAACACUAUCCACGUGUUGUAAUAAAAGACUUUUCAGGAGAAGGAUAAAAAUUAUACAAAGAUUAAAACAAAUUUAUUACAGAACAAAAGAAAAAUAGCAAAGGUAUUCUCAGAAAAAAAAAAA